AUGGCUUCGUCCUCAGGACAUACCACUCCCAUGGAGGAGAAGAGCUUCAGUUGGUCGCCAUCAUCGCAGGUGCCCCACUUCCUCCGCAACCACUACAGGAACUCAAGCAAUGCGGCCACUCCAAGAUCCCACGGAUCGGAAUCAAGCAGUGCUGCCUCGUCGGUCAUCCACAUGCCCAUUUCGCAUUCACUCGCUGCCAGCAGCGUCCAUGAGAAAGUUGGGCUCCCCUCCACAUCCCGCACCGCCACCGUCUUUGGUGGUGAGAAAAGCACCGAGAACACUUCGGCGGCUUCUUCUAUCACUGCCACCGAGCAGCUAGCCAAGGACGGCAAGAGCCACAACCUUGCUUUCAGCUUCUUUGGUCUGCUCUCUGUCAUCCUCGCUGCUGUCGUGAUCGCGUUCGGCUGGAUCAACACACCGCAACAGAAGCUUUGCCUCGCCUUCGAGGACGACUUCACCGGGCGCAGCACGCUUAACACGGACAACUGGGAGUACGAAGUCAGAACCGAUGGUUUUGGCAACAAAGAGUUUGAAAUGACCACCACGCAGACCAACAACUCGUUCAUCGAGGACGGAACGCUCUACCUCGUCCCCACCCUGACUUCGGAUGAAGUCGGUGAGGCUGCUAUCACGGGUAACGCCACCUACAGCCUCAACAGCACCUGCACUGCUUACCCUCUUACCCAGGCGGCCUGUGAGAGCGUCGCCAACGCCACUCUUGGUGAGAUUCUGCAGCCUGUCAAGUCGGCCAGGAUCCGCUCCAAGGCCUCGAUCAACCGCGGUCGCAUCGAGGUACGAGCGCGACUGCCCACUGGGGACUGGCUCUGGCCCGCCAUCUGGAUGAUGCCCGAGAACUCUGUCUACGGCGACUGGCCUCGAAGCGGUGAGAUCGACAUGGUAGAGUCCAAGGGAAAUCUCGUCGAGUCUCGCAGCGACCGAUUCCAGAACUCGGUGGCCUCGACGCUCCACUGGGGUCCCUCGCCCGCCACGGAUCGAUGGGGUCUCACCACGUCCAACUUUACCGUCCCGCGCGACUACUUUACGGAAGAGUUCCACACGUUUGGGCUGGACUGGACGCCCACCUCGCUCACCACCUGGGUCGACAAGCCUAGCCGUCACAUCAUGAAGCUCGACAUGAACCGCGACUUUUUCGCCUUCAGCAAGCUCUCGCACCUCCUCUGGAACGGAACCGCGAUCCAGGACCCUUGGAACGGCAAGAAGGGCGCUCCUUUCGAUCAGAAGUUCUACCUCAUCCUCAAUGUCGCUGUGGGCGGUACCAACGGCUACUUUUCCGAUGGCGACCGCAACAAGCCCUGGCAGAACGCCGGGACCAACCCGGUGGCCGACUUUUGGGCCGCCCGAUCACGCUGGUUGCCCACCUGGCCCACCGACCCCAAGAAGCGUGGCAUGGCCAUCGACUCGGUAAAGAUGUGGCAGCGAUGCUGA